AGCAGCCAUGCUUCCCGGGGUGGGCGUGUUCGGCACCAGCCUCACGGCCCGAGUCAUCAUCCCGUUGCUGAAAGACGAGGGCUUCGCGGUGAAGGCGCUGUGGGGCCGCACACCGGAGGAAGCGGAGGAGCUGGCCAAGGAGAUGAGCGUUCCCUUCUAUACGAGUCGCAUUGACGAGGUGCUGCUGCAUCAGGACGUGGACUUGGUGUGCAUCAACCUACCUCCGCCUCUCACGAGGCAGAUCGCUGUCAAAACCCUGGGCAUUGGCAAGAACGUCAUCUGUGACCGCACUGCCACGCCACUGGACGCCUUCCGCAUGAUGUCUGCGGCCCACUACUACCCCAAGCUCAUGAGCAUCAUGGGCAACGUGCUGCGUUUCCUGCCAGCCUUCGUGCGCAUGAAGCAGCUUAUUGAGGAGGGUUACGUGGGCGAGCUGCUGGUGUGCGAGGUGCAGGUGCACAGCGGCAGCCUGCUAGGCAAGAAGUACAACUGGAGCUGCGACGACCUGAUGGGCGGAGGCGGCCUGCACUCGGUGGGCACCUACAUCAUCGACCUGCUCACCUUCCUUACUGGCCAGAAGGCUGUCAAGGUCCACGGACUGCUCAAGACCUUUGUGAAGCAGACGGACCACAUAAAGGGCAUCAGGCAGAUCACCAGCGACGACUUCUGCACCUUCCAGAUGGUGCUGGAGGGUGGGGUGUGCUGCACCGUCACCCUCAACUUCAACGUGCCAGGUGAGUUCAAGCAGGAUGUGACUGUGGUGGGCUCAGCCGGGCGCCUGCUGGCGGUGGGCACGGACCUGUACGGGCAACGCAAUAGCGCCCCGGAGCAGGAGCUGCUUCUGCAGGACUCCACACCUGUCAGUAACUCCCUACUUCCUGAGAAGGCCUUCAGCGACAUCCCCUCGCCCUACCUGCGUGGCACCAUCAAGAUGAUGCAGGCGGUGCGCCAGGCCUUCCAGGACCAGGACGACCGACGCACAUGGGAUGGACGGCCACUCACCAUGGCCGCCACCUUUGACGACUGCCUGUAUGCCCUGUGUGUGGUAGACACCAUCAAGAGGUCCAGCCAGACCGGCGAGUGGCAGAACAUUGCCAUUAUGACUGAGGAGCCGGAACUGAGCCCCGCCUACCUGAUCAGUGAGGCCAUGCGCAGGAGCAGGAUGUCCCUGUACUGUUAGCAUGGUCUGGGAACUUAGGAGGACUUAGACCUUCUGUGUGCAGCCCAGAGUUGGGGAAACCAUUGGGGAGAGGUGGCCUCCUGGAGUAGGGUGAGGUGGAGGGGCAAUGGGAAUAAAUGGCCUGUGGGAAGGUGAACCGCAGCCCAGGUGAGGGGCCCCAAACAAGACUGUUAGGAUGCUGAGUAAAUAGUUUGAGAGUGUUCAGAGGGCCUGCCUUUUCUGAGGUCAUCCCUGGGCAUUUGCAUGAGAGGUAGAGAAGCAAGGAGGGAGGCUUUCCUCCUUGUCUCAUCCACUCCCCACACCUUGGCCUCUUUUGCAAGCCAAAUGCUCCUGUGAGAUCAAGCUUAGUUCUCGCAGACUCUCCCUCCUCCCUAGUCCCCUCAAACUGGCAGAAGGCACAUCCUCACAUGUCCACACAAGCCUGUUAGUCUGGGGAAGGUGGGGGUGCAAUGGACUAAUGAGAAAAUUCAAGUUCCAGGAAGCCACUUUAAGUGUCUGCAGGAAAAAGUACUUGGUAGUAAAGUGUACAGCUUUCUCAACUAAUUGGUCUUCCUCCUAGGAAGCAGGAGGGAGUGUCUUCCUAAUUGGUCCACUGCCCUUCACCUGGCCUGAGGUGGGGCAAGGGAGUGCCAGGAAUGGCCAGCAGAGAGAUGGGUACUUUAAGGCAAAAGGAGGAAGCAAGAACAUACCCUGCAUGGAAACAGAUGAGGCAGAGAAUGACAUAUUCUUCUGAAUUUAUGAGCAAUUAAAAAACUACAAGAAGCCAUCUGGUAAUACUUCUUCUGGGGGAGCAGAGUUGAGCAUAAGAAGGAUUCAGUACUGAAGUGUUGAGGUUGUUCUCUCACCUGGCUCCAUGGGUAGCGCCAAAGAGACAGCAGGAGGUGUGGGUCUGUCUGACUACAAGCUCAUACGCUGCCCUCAAGAACUGGGCACAGCUAUGUGCCACAGUGCUGCGGUGGGAGUUCCCCAGAGGAGGGGAAAGUGAGCCAGCCCUGGGCUUGAUUUGUGCUCUGACACCCAUGCCCCCUACCAAGCAAGGGCAGGGCUUUAGGUGUUUCAUGCAGCUUUGUGGAUAUAAAAGGGAAGUCUUCAGUUCUACUUGCAUGUAGUCCUUUUCCCUUAAAAAAAAAUCAAGGCCCUUUUCCUUUGCCAUGAUGAUUCAGAUACCUAAAAAAAUUUAAUAGGUAUUAAACAAAACAAAAGGACAAGGAACAUAAUUUUCAGUGUUUCUAAAAUAGGGUUUUAGAGCCCUCUCAGCUGUAUUUUCAUGGGGGAUUGAGAAGCUAAUGUUGGGAAAAACACAUUCUUCUACUCCUUGGUCUCUCGUCUCUUUUGUCUUCUCACCCUCUGCCUUCAGAGCUUUUACUGGAGAUGGCAAACCGCAGGCACAGAGCAGGCAGUGCCAAAAGGGAACAACCUGGACACACACACACACGGGCUUGUAAAUGCUCAUUGCCACCAAAUGUCACUAAAAUCACUCUUAAAAAUUCAGGGCUGGUUUCGAAAGAAGGACCAAGCCAAACACAUUUUGAAAAUAGGGAAUUAUCUUUCUUAAUCCUGCAUCCCGUAGAAGACAUUUGUUAAGGUUGGGUGUAGAAAGUAGUACUUGGAAAUCUGCAUGACUUUUGUUCACAGCUCACACAACUGAGGCUGAGACUACUUUUCAGAUGACUGGCAGUAGAACUAGAGGGGAAUUUAAGGGGCCGAGAGUUCACCCCUGGCUCCAAGCAGGCAGAAUCUGAAAACCAACAGUACAAUCAGUUGAUCCUCUAUUCUCCUCCCAGGGCCAAUAUACUAUGAAAUUGUACAUUGGUCAGGCUGCCCACAGGUGCAUUGUGGGUGUCCAAACACCAUGGGAAUGGUGGUCAUUUUCUAGCACCGAGGAGUAAGAAUCACCUUCCAGGACACAAUCACCCUACUUUGGGGGCCUUACUGCAACAUGGUAAGCUUGGUCAGCUGGAACUCUGCAUGCUACGUUCUAGUCCCUGAUCAGUUUUUCAGACUUCAUGAUGACAUGUCAAGCUUUUGUAGCUAUCAGUUCAAAACUAGAGAUUUGAUGGAAUGGAAGUCUCCCAGUAAUAGUUUGAGCAGAGGGUCAUGCCCUAGACUGUUUUGGUUCAGGUUCUUCUAAUUGCCCUUUGGAUAGCUUUUGCGGAAACUGAGUGGAAUGACUUUUUUUUUCCUAGCUAGCCUUGAAAGGCUGUGAUUAAUGAUGAAAGAAAAGGAAACUGGAUGACUCCCUGGGUCUCAUUUUUCUAAGUCAUUUAUAAUCUGAGUAGGGAUUCCCCUGGGGUUUCAGAUUUAAGUUUCUGUACUUAACCAAACACUUGGGAGGUCUCUCCACCCCAAAGACCUUUGAGCUCUGUGAUACUCGGUAUCUUAAGUAAAAAUUCUUAUUUGAGACUAGAGUAUAUAGGAAAAAUAUAUAUUCUUUUAAAAAGCAUGAAAAGUAGUUGUGUACUCAUGCACAUAGUAGGUAGAUGCAGGAAUGAAAAUGAAAAGACCAAGGUAGUACAUGUUUUUAAUACAAAAAUAAUAGUAAAUGGAUUUAAGAUACUUCUUUAGUGAUCUUUUUGCUCCUUUCGUACCACUUGCAGAGACUUAAUUGCAAUACAAGGUAAAAUCUCAAGCUUUCAACAGAGCUUGCUGAGACCAAGUUUAACACCUGUUAGUGCCCUCAGGGCUUUGGGUACCAUCAGCUGACUUUGACCAAGGCUAUGUCCCAGUGAUAACCCUGCUCUUUCAGCUUUGUUUAAUGUGUCCUAAGGAGCUGGUGUAAUGGAGGCACCACUUUAGGGUCAUCACAUUUAGUUGCCUGUGUCUGAUUCAUUACCAUCCUCAUGCAGGUGCCUCUGCUACUGGAAAUUUUGGCUCAUGCCACUGGUUUUUUUUGGCUCAUGCCACUGGUUGCUUCUGCAGAUGUCCAAAAUUCCAAAUUCUGAGAGAGGAGGUAGGCCAGGGGCUCUUACAUGGCACCCACAGUGUAUGGGCAUGCUCUGGGCUUAUUUGGAUACUCUGUGUUUUCCUCUGAAGAGAGUCCAUGGCCACUAUCAGCUUUUCCAUGAUUUCGCCCUUUAACGGGAGAGGCGUAGCAGGCAACUGCAGACACCUCUUAGCUGGCCUGGCAGCAGAUACCUUUGUGCAUCUGGACCCCAACAGUAGUCUUGGCUAACUCCAACUCAAGAUGAACUUCUCCCAGAGCCUUUUUCCCUCUGCAGAGAGCCAUCCCAGUACUCUGUGUGCGCCAACAUUUCUUUUUUUUUUAAGAUUUUAUUUAUUUUUAGAGAGGGGAAGGGAGGGAGAAAGAGAGGUAAACAUUAAUGUGUAGUUGCCACUUGAGUGCCCCCUAUCCCCUACUGGAGACCUGGCCUGCAACCCAGUCAUGUGCCCUGACUGGAAAUCAAAGCAGCGACCCUUUGGUUUGCAGUCUGGCACCCAGUCCACUGAGCCACACCAGCCAGGGUGCUCCAAUAUUUCUUGAUAUCCAUUGUGUGCAGAGUGUUUUAAGUACAUUAUCUCAUUUAAUCCAAAAAAACAACCCUUUAGUAUUGGAUAUUGUUAUUCCCAUUUUACACAUGAGAUAAUCAAGGCUCAUAAGGAAGAGUAACUUGCCCAGAGUCACACAACCAUUAAGCAGAGACAGCGUGACACUGCACUUUUUCUGUAGUGGCCCUGGCCACCUGCCCUGUUAAGCUUUUGAUUGCCACACUAAGCAUAGAUAGAGUCAUUGCAUAGGACAUGGUUUUGUCAUUCCUCAGGUGUAUUCCUCUUGUUACUCACUGCUGGUGUAAACAGAAAAGAAGGCAACAGAUCUGAAAGUAUUCAGUAGUGCAAUGCUUUAGUAGCCCGAGAGCAGAUGCUUCAGUGGUUCUCCCAGGGGCUCCAGCAAAUGGGGACUGUGAUGCGGGGGAAGAAAAGGUCGGUGGGCCACUACUUUCCAUUGUUAACUGAUGUGGUCACUCAGAUAUGGUGCUGGCCGCACCUCCAGACUCCAGUGUGAGCACUUGAGGCCAUCGCCUCUUACCGCAGCACAUGGAGGUGGGAGUGGGAGUGGCAUGGGGGGCCUUGUCUUGUGAAAAGUCCUGGGAGCCUGACUUGGUCAGGGCUGUGCCCUGAAACCCAGUGUCCCCCAUGUGCCCACUUCCCCGCCUAGGGCGGGAAUGCCAGCUGCUGGUAAAGACACAAAGCCACACUGCAGAUGCACACAGCUUUUCUUUCGUUCCCCUCCCUGUUCUCAAAAGGAAAUUGAAAUGUGGGGCUUUGAUAGUUUUUUAAAACAAACUCCCUGAUGUCAUAACCUUUGUCCCAUAAAUUUCAGGGCUUUGAUGGCCCAAAAAAAGUCACCAGUGGGUAGAGCGGGAGUCCUAAGCCAGAUCUGUAUCUAGAAGAGGUGGGGGCGGGGGUGUAAGUAGAACUGGCCUCAGGAAAUCCCAAAGGCUCACAUCUGAAUUUAUGUCCCUGCCCUUGCCAAAUACCAUACAAAUUAGAGCUAACUGUUCACAUUACAAUCACAAUGGGAGGUUUUAAACAGCUAGCUUUUAUGAGUACAUUCAAGACAAAUGAGUUUCUAGAAAAUUGAUUCAGCCCCAACAACUCAGGGAAUAACAGUCGAUUUGCUUGUCUGAGUUCUAACUGCAGCUCUUCCACCGAGUAGCCAUGGGACCUCAGACAAAUCGUUUCACCCCUCCGAGCCUUCCUCUUCCCGUCUGAGAGCUGUGAAGGUGCUGUGUGAAGCAGGAUGUGACUGACUUACAGACAGAACACUUGGCUUCUAGUCUGGGUUUGCCACUAAAAAUCAGUGUGACCUUGGGCCAUCACUUAACCUUGGUGCGAGGUGGGGGAUAUGAAAUAAAGGAACUAAGUAUAUUGGGGACAGAAGUCCUUUAAGAUGCAACUGGAUUUAUGUUCACCCCGGAUGUUAUUAGCAAUUCUGAAUCCCCCCCCCCCCACCACCACCACCAGAAUAAAGGUUACGGAAUCAGAAACCUAAUUUAAACCCAGGUCAAGUACACCAGCUGUGACUAUGAGACCAGAUGAAGAGAAUUAAGAGGGUGAAAAGUAAAAAUGCAAUGUAUUGCUGAAUUUUGAGUCACACACACAAAAAGAACUUAAAAGCCCCAGUCCCUGAGUGAAGAGAAGAAAGACAUUUUCCUGUUCUACUCACACCAUCACACCACCGAGAGAAAACUCCAAGGCCAUCUAUGAUAAUCGGCCAAUGACAUUUUGAAUAUCCCCAACUCUGUAGUUUGCUGCAUCACCUACAAUCAAAAUCAACUUAGAAAGUUGAUUUUAAAAGAAGCUGAGUAUAUAUGUAUGUAUAUAUAUAUAAAACCAAACUUAUGUAUAAAAAGUCAAGGCAUGUAUACUAGAUAUUUUAAAGAAUUAUUUAUCAAGGGGAAAGAUGUGUGUUAUAAAGUAAACAGAGUCUAUAUUUUCUAUAAAAAUAUUACUGUAGAUAGCAAAAAUAGCUUAUAAGUUAUAGAAGGUUUGGGGGUUUUUUGUUAUUAAAGAAAAAAGGGACAAAGAAUGCAA